UUGCAAUCAAAGGACGAAUGCCCUCAUAAAAUCCACCAUUCCAUUGCAAAAACGGAAGCGAAGAAAGGUUCUGAGAAUGAGCGUUUUGUUGAAGUGAACAUUGAUGGAGAAGUUGCCUCGCACUCUGAUUCGGAUGAAGAACCUGUUUUCGAUAGGAAUUCAUUGCUCUCGCCAAACAGGAGUGUGAAAGUUUAUCGCAGAAAAUCUGAGUCCUAUAAAUGCAUAUAUCUGAUUCUUCUACUGACUUACUUUGUAAUUGGUGCGAUAUGCUCAAUACCGCUGAUUAUGCAGCGUGCUUCAGCCAAGUUGCACUCAAAUUUCCUAGCCAUACAUACGGUUGGGGUCCUUCUAGGAACUGUAACAGGUAAAUUUUUUGUGCGAAUAGUAUCCUGGUCUGAUGACACCAGUACUCAUGGUUAUCUUGUUGUGCGUCAAUAA